UCAUGUUAUCCAAUCAGAGCAGCUUACCCUAAUAAGUAGUUUUUGACCCAAUAGUAAAGAAGGACAUCAUGAAUUAUUAAUAAGGAAUUUCAACUCGGUUGCUGUUCACGAGGAGUAGAGAGAAUAUUUGUAACCACCCCGAAACAGCAGAAAUGGCGACGGCAAUAUACCUUGAACAUUACCUUGAUAGUAUUGAAAAUCUGCCAUGUGAACUCCAAAGAAACUUCACAUUAAUGAGGGAACUAGAUAGUAGAACUGAAGAGAAGAAGGGGGAGAUUGACAAGCUAGCUGAAGAGUAUAUUGCAAAUAUCCGGAGUCUGGCAUCUGAACAGAGGGUGGAGCACCUGCAGAAGAUUCAGAAUGCCUACAGCAAAUGCAAAGAGUACAGUGACGACAAAGUACAACUUGCCAUGCAGACAUAUGAAAUGGUGGACAAACACAUCCGAAGACUUGAUGCAGACCUUGCACGAUUUGAGAAUGAGCUGAAAGAGAAGUUGGAUGUCAGUGGCUAUGAGAGUCCAGAUAGUCGGGCUCUAAAGAAGGGUGGAAGAGGACUGAAAGAGAAGAGAGCCACAAGAGGCAGGGGAAGGAAAGGGUCGGAUGAGGAAUCGCCACGGAAGAAAAAGAUAAAAAACAGUCCUGAAUUUGGUGACUCACUGUUGUCAGUUCAGCCAUCAGACGUCUUGGACAUGCCAGUCGAUCCUAACGAGCCAACAUACUGUUUGUGCCACCAAGUCUCAUACGGAGAAAUGAUUGGCUGUGACAAUCCUGACUGUCCGAUUGAGUGGUUCCACUUUGCCUGUGUUGACCUUACCACGAAGCCGAAAGGGAAGUGGUUUUGUCCACGUUGCACCCAGGACAAGAAGAAAAAAUGAAACGUAUAUUUCUGAGGCUAAAAGAUUACUUUUAUAUAAACUAUAUAUAUUAUAUAUUUAAUAUAUGUAUUUUUGUUUAUGUAGGAAAAUAGUGUAAUAUAUAUAUAUAUAUAUAUAUACAUAUAUACAUAUAUACACACACUCAGAUGGCAGUUUAUGAGGUACACCUAGCAAAAUGCAGUCUAAUACGACAGUCCUGCAAUAAAUCCCCCUUCAUGAUUGUUAUAAUGUUCAGUUUAUGUUUAAACAGUUUAAGAGAGGUGGCCAUUCAACUAUAUGAUCAUUUUGGACUAUGUCAUUUGCGGUGCUGUUACACUGUAUUAUAUUAAGCACAAAGGUGUUUCUGUUAUUUAACCUAGCCUCACUGAUUGAAAUGGGGUUGUCAAAAUAAUAGAAACACGUGUCAGUACAACGCAAUACGAUUAAACAGCACCACAUGCUGCAGCCUCCAAAAAGAACACAACAGCUCUCUAAAAUAGUUUAAACAAAAGACUGAAUAUUAUAACCUCCAUGAUGCUAGGUUUUAUUGCAGAACUUGUGUAUUAGACUGCAUUAGUUUAAGGCCAGCUUUUCCGAUAAAUUGCAACUGAGUGUAUAUACAAAGGUCGCCAUUAAAUCAUGACCAUAUUUCCCUAAAAUGUGGUCAUAACAAAGCUUUUAUUUUUUGAAGUACUUGAAAUGUCCCUUUUAUUUGUCUAUGGGGGACAUUAUUGCAUCCUUAUUCAUCCAUGCCUCGAUGUUAGUAUUGGACUUACACUUCACUUUCAGUUGCAUUGUUUUUUUCAUCACAUGAGAAGACAAACACUUGAGCUUAUAUGUAUAUAAUUUGAAAAUAUUUCAUUCAUUUUCAUAGCUCUUCUAGUUAUGAUUUAAACCAACAAAAGACAGGCAUAUAUUCCAACUCCGUCCAGGUGAGCACCAAAUUAACCGAACAUGAAAACCCCCAAUUUUAUUAAUUCUGCCUUUUGAUUGUACCACAUAGGGAGGAGUCCCAGGCAGAACUGCUGUAAUUUUGCCAAAUAAAAAAACCUUAAUCUGAAUGCACUUUUAUAAGCACUGCUGUUUAGUGGAAUGGAAAAAAUGAACUGUUAUCCAAUGAGAUUCCUUCAGAAUUGACCUGUGGUAAAUCCUUACAUCCAACACAAGAUGAAAAAGAAAAGCAUGGACAUUUUUAUUUUUUUAAUUUUACAACUGUCAGAUGAGAGCACAAAACCAAAAGCAUACCAAAGUUAGCUUUGGCCAUUGUAUCAAUUGUGUGCUUAUCAAAUUAACUGCUGUUAUUGUUUGUAUUUUUGUUGUUGGUUUUAUCUUUUGUCCAGUCACUUGCAAUGAAAGCCCUAUAACUACUUGUGUAAUCCUCUUGGCCAUUUUAAAACGUUUUGUAAGACCAAAUGUGAACAAUAAAAUAAGCUUCAGUGUGUAUUUAGAGAACCUGUUCUAGUGGCACAUUCUGUGUAAUGUUACAUUUUUCCUGUAUUGGGAAAAUACACUGACACUUGCAGCUACCUUGUGUGAUACAAAGAGGAAAUUUAAUUGUAAUAGUUAUUUAUUUUAAUCUUUACUUUGCCAGUCAUCAAUAAUGAAUAGGAGACAAUCAUCGGGAGAAUGCUUAUUUAAUGGCAAGUGAUUAAACAUUUUGCCCAAAGAUAAUUCCACUGCUGUUCACUCUAUGUAUUUCUCCUACUGCAAUGGGUACUUUUUGUAUUUCUCAUGGGGCAUAGACUUCUUUUCACUUGACUGUGAAUAUACAAGUAUCCUUAUUCCAAGAAGAACAUUGUUCCUAGAGGAGUGAGCAUCUUUGUAUAUCAGUGUUUCAUAUAAAAUGUCAAGAAAUAAUAAAUAUGUACCUGUAUUUGA